AGAGUGAAAGUGUCUCAGGUUGCGCUAAGUGGCCUGAAAUUUUCCCGAGCCCGCGCGAAAGCCGAGGCAGCGAAGGCGCGCGGACCGGGAGGGAGGGAGCGCAGGAGGCCCUGCCCGGCCCGGCCUCCCGCCCCUCACUCAUGCGGCUCGGGCCGCGGGGCUGCGCGGGGCUCAGCGGGGGCGCAGCCGCUCGCCCGUGGGGCGCCCCGGCCCGCAGCGGGGCGGCGGCCUGGCGCGGGGAGCCCCGGGGCGGGCGGAGCGCAGCGCGGGCCCACGGCCCUCCAUGUGCGUGCUGGCGGCUGCGGGCGCGCUGAGAACCCGCGCCCAGCAGCCUCGAGGGUCGGCCGGGACCGGCGGGUGGCAACGGCCGAGCAGUGGCUGCCCGAGCGGGCCCGAGCGGCAGUGAGCGCGGGCGGCGCGCUGCCUGCAUGCGCGCGGCAGCGGCGGAGGCGGCGGCGCCGGAGCCCGAGGCUGCUGACCACCAAAAGGAGCGCGGAGUUGCACGGACGUCCCGGGUCCCCGGAGUGGUGCGGUGACCAUCUAGAGUCCGGUGCGUCGCCAAGACCGGGACCCGCUUCCGUUGAAUCGCCCGGCGUCCCUGCCGGCGGGGAGACUGGUGAUUUGCUAACGCACUCCGUGGAUCCGAACGUGGCUUGGCUCCGAGCGCGCCCGGCGACCUGUAGGACUCCAGCCCUGGCCACUGUCGCCGCUCGCACGCUCGGAGGACUCGGCUGCGUAGGAGCGCUCGGGGCUCGCUGUGUGCCGCGGAUCGGCCGGAGAUCGCUUUGGCGGUGGGCCGGUGGAGAGGCGAUUUGGGAUUUUCUGUGAAGUAUGGAGGAGAAGGAUUCCAAGCCCAGCGAGACGGCGGCGGAGGCGCAGAGACAGCCGGAACCCAGCUCCGGCGGCGGCUCUGGCGGCGGCAGCAGCCCGAGCGACUCGGACACCGGCCGCCGGCGGGCUCUGAUGCUGCCCGAGGUCCUACAGGCGCCAGGCAACCACCAGCAUCCACAUCGCAUCACCAACUUCUUCAUCGAUAACAUCCUGCGGCCUGAGUUUGGCCGCCGAAAGGACGCGGGGACUUGCUGUGCGGGCGCGGGCGGAGCCAGGGGAGGCGAAGGCGGCGCUGGCACUACCGAAGGAGGCGGCGGCGGCGCAGGCGGAGCCGAGCAGCUACUGGGCGCCAGGGAGUCCCGACCGAACCCAGCGUGCGCACCCAGCGCGGGAGGAACGCUCUCCGCCGCCGCUGGCGACCCUGCGGUCGACGGAGAAGGAGGUUCCAAGACGCUAUCACUUCACGGUGGUGCCAAAAAACCCGGCGAUCCUGGGGGUUCCUUGGAUGGAGUGCUCAAAGCCCGGGGCUUGGGCGGCGGUGACCUGUCGGUGAGCUCCGACUCGGACAGCUCUCAAGCCAGCGCCACUCUGGGCGCGCAGCCCAUGCUCUGGCCCGCUUGGGUCUACUGCACGCGCUAUUCUGACCGGCCUUCUUCAGGCUCACAAAGCCGACUGGCCUUGAGUCGCGCUCGGCUUUGUGAGGAGCCAGCGAGUGAGUCCGCGCCAUACCAAGCCCUGGCGGCCCUGGGGAUCUUGCAUGAUGGCCCGCGUGGUUCGCCUCACAGCUUUCCUAGGCUUAACGAAAUCCCUUUCCUGACUGUCCCAGGUCCCGAAAACCAAAGAAGAAGAACCCUAACAAAGAGGACAAGCGGCCUCGCACAGCCUUCACUGCUGAGCAGCUCCAGAGGCUCAAGGCUGAGUUUCAGACCAACAGGUACCUGACAGAGCAGCGGCGCCAGAGUCUGGCACAGGAGCUCAGCCUGAACGAGUCUCAGAUCAAGAUUUGGUUCCAGAACAAGCGGGCCAAAAUCAAGAAAGCCACGGGCAACAAGAACACUUUGGCGGUGCACCUCAUGGCACAGGGCCUGUACAACCAUUCCACCACGGCCAAGGAGGGCAAGUCGGACAGCGAGUAGGGCGAGCAGGGCGGGUGGGCCGGCCGGCCGGCCAGGUCUAGGGCCGCGAGAAACAAUGCAAUAAUUUUAAAACCGUGAACAAAAGGCCAGUGUAUAAAGAUUAUACCAGCAUUAUCUGUGAAAAUCCAGUGUAUUAGCUAUGGUUCUACAAUAAUCUAUGUACAUAUAAUUUACAGGUGGUGUAAAAUCCAAAAAUCUGACUAUAAAAUAUUUUUGAGUUUUUUUUUUGUGUUUCAGAGGUUAUGCUAAUUUUAUGUUAUUAUUAUUUUUCUGCAAAGGGGACUGUUUAGGGUUUCAGAUCUUUCUUUCAUUUUUCUUUUCUCCCUUUUUUUAAUCCCUUAAAUUCCAUUAUGGGACAUUGGACACUUCUUCCCCCGAAAGAAAAAAAAUUUAAAACAACUUGCUGAAGUCCAAAGAUUUUUAUUGCUGCAUUUCACAGGACUGUGAACCGAAUAAAUAGCUCCUAUUUGGUCUGUGGGCUCUGCCGCUUGCUUUGUGCUGGCUCGGACAGCACUGUAGGAAGCGCCAGCCAGAGUGGUGAUGGAGAGCUCUGGUGGGGAGAGAGGGCGCAGUUCUUUGCUGAGGUCUGAGAAAGUCCUUGCAGGCCAGCAGCUCUCCCGGAACCUCUCCGCCUGCUUCCUACGCAGCCUCUCUUCUCAACCAUCUCAGAGGCCCGUGCUGGCAGCCACCGUGUGUCUGCGUCUGUGUCGAUGACCCCUGUCCGCCACAGCCCCGUAGCGACCUGCCAGCGCCAACUCUCCCGCCACCGUGGCCAGCGUUGGGGCCUGGGGAGCAGUGGGAGUGUGUCCUGAAGGCUUGAAGGCUUUGCUGCCGGGACAGCUAGCCCUGACCCAAAAGCCCUCACCGAGAUAGGCCUUGGGGCCUGGCAGAGCGAGUUGGAAUCAUCUUCCUUUCCUUUUUCUUCCCUCUUUUUUCUUUUUCAUUUAUUUUUGAAUGGUAAAUACAUGUAUGUGUACAUACUUGUGUAUGCAUGUGCACGCACACCCCAGGCCUGUGUGAAGCUGGGGUUCUGGAGCUCACAGCUACCUUGACUUUCAAAGGAACUCGAAUCCUCCCGAAUCUAGAGGACAUGUGUAAAUAAUCAUUUCUUAUCAUGUUUUUGUCUUUUUUGUUUUUUUUUAAAGAAAAUAUACAUUUUAUUUUUGAAGGUGUGGUACUGUGUAAAUUAAAUAUAUUCAAUAUAUCCUUCCAAGUAUAUAUAUAUAUAUAUAUAUAUAUAUAUAUAUAUAUAUAUAUAUACAAAAAACACAUUAUAUGUAACUCCACAAUGUCUUCUGUUUAGUGUAUGGGAAAAGGUGUCCAAACAUCCACCUGGGGCCAGCACAGUGGCCAGCGUGUUCUCAGGCUGCCUGCUGAGGACCGAUGGUGGAUUUCUCUCUUUGCCUUAAACCUCUUUAUUUCACUGCGCCAACACUUUCUCUUUGUACAUAUUCGUGCCAACCUUCUGAAAAGGAAGCUAUAAAAACAGAAGUUGUAAUUUAAGAGUCUGUGAAUAACCAUCUGCUGCUUGGGGGUCGGUGGAACACAUGCCUUUUAGCAGGAAGCAAAUCUGUCCUUUUUUAAGUUUAUAAAAUGUGCAUUUUACAGUAUCAAAUAUUUAUAAUCUUAUGAGAAAUGGGUGAAUGUUCCCUACUUAAAACUGUGGUUAUCAAAAUUGUGACCAUUCCAAUCUGUGAAUUUUUGUGUGUUUAAAUUCCUGAAAGUUACAUUAAAUAAAAAGAAAUAACUCUUUAAUAUAAAA